AUGGAGGCCUUCUCGAAGCAGAUGCAAUCCCUUCUCCUUGCAAACCCACACUCGGCCCUGGUGUCGAAACCCAAUGUAUCGCAUCAGAUCGUGGAAGAGACUCGCAGGAAAGUGCUCGGUCUCUUCAAAGCCGACCCAAAACGCUUCGACAUUGUCUUCGUUGCCAACGCGACUGCCGGCAUCAAACUCGUUGCCGAAGCGUUCUCCGGAUAUUCGCAAGGCUUUGAUUACUACUAUCAUCGAGAUUGCCAUACUAGUCUUGUCGGGCAAUCAGAUGCGUAUACUCUGCUUGACGUGGCGGCGCUUGUCUCGACCAACCCCCUUGACCUGAGUGACCACUUAGCAGCGCCCGACUUCAUCGUCCUGUCUUUCUACAAGAUGUUCGGGUUCCCCGACCUCGGUGCCCUUAUCGUCCGCAAGCCUGCCGCUCACGUUUUCGAGCAUCGAAAAUACUUUGGGGGAGGCACAACAGAGAUAACGGUUACUGGCCAGCCCUGGCAUAUGAGGAAGGAGAAGGCCUUGUCUUCUAGACUAGAAGACGGUACCGGGGCAACGCACAGCAUUCUUGCGCUAUCGUGUGCUAUUGGGACCUAUCGGGGGGCCUUCGGAGGUUUUGAGGAUGUGUCGAAGCAUACCGGCUGGCUCGCAAAAUGCCUUUACGAGAAGCUUGCCGGGAUGAAACAUGUCGACGGGAGCCCGGUUUGCCGGAUCUACAAGGACCCGGCCUCGACAUACGGUGAUGCACGCACACAAGGAGCCACCGUGACGUUCAACAUCCGCGGCAUGGACGGAAACUGGGCCAGCGCUGCAAAAGCUGGCGCCAUGGCCGCUGCGAGAGACAUUCACAUUCGCACCGGCAGUCUGUGCAAUCCUGCUGGUAUGGCAUGCGCAUUGGGUCUUACUGCCGACGACUACCAGAGGGCUUACGCGUCCGGUUUCCGUUGCAACUCCGACCAGGAUGUGAUGAAUGGUAUCCCAACGGGAAUGGUAAGAGUUAGCUUCGGGGCAAUGAGUGCGUUGAGCGACGUCGAGGCGUUCGUGAGGUUCAUGGGUGACUGCUUUGUCGAAAAAGCAGGCCAAGCGAGCGAACCGACGUUGGUGACUAAUGUGGCGAAUGUGUCAGAGGGUGGCGAGGAGAGUCUUCAGUAUUCCGAACACAGUGCUGGGAGCUCUCUUCAUCGUGUGAAGUCCAUCACAUCGGACACAGCGAGGUCAGCACACCAGUUUGCGAGACCAAGAGUUCCGAGCCCCUGCUUACCUCCACGGCCUGAACCGAAGGGCCGAAGCGGAGAACAAGAUAGAGUGCACUUGAGGCUUAAAGGUCAGCCAAACCAUUCAAACGAGCUUGGAUGA